AUGACCAAGCACUCGCCGAACUUUGCUACCUUGAUGGUCGGCAGGCUGCUGGCGGGCAUUGCUACCAGCAUCCUCUUCUCGGCCUUUGAGUCGUGGCUUGUGUCGGAGCAUAACAACCGCGGCUUUGAUCCCAACCUCAUCGCCGACACUUUUUCAAAGGCCCAGUUUGGGAAUGCUGUCGUCGCCAUUGUCGCAGGCCAGAUUGCUGGCAUGGUCGCUGCCCAGUUUGGAAAGGUCGCCCCGUUUGAUACGGCCGCUGUCAUCCUCGCCGCCACGGGCCUCAUUGUCAUGUUGUCCUGGUCCGAGAACUUUGGCGAUAGUAGGCAGACCGUCACCGGCGGCUUGCGCAGUGCCUGGCAUAUGAUGAUUGCCGAUGAGAAGAUCUUGCUUGUCGGCAUCAUUCAGUCCUGCUUUGAGUCUGCCAUGUAUCUCAUGGUCUUCAGUUGGACCCCGGCGCUACAGGCCGCGUCGCAUGCCAUGUCACUUGGCGAGAUUCCGCAUGGCAUGAUCUUUAGUUCCUUCAUGGUUUGCAUCAUAAUUGGAAGCAUUUUAUUCGUCUUUCUUAUGAAGACACAACCCGCUGAGCUAUUCAUGCGCAAUAUGUACAUCAUAGGCGUCGUUUGCUUUGUCGUCACCACCAUAUCAUCCAAUGUCAUUUGCGGUUUGUACUUUCCGGCUAUGGGUACCAUGCGAGCAAAGUAUGUUCCCGAGGUCACCCGAUCCGCCAUUAUGAACUACUUUCGUCUUCCUUUGAAUCUCAUAGUCUGCCUCAUUCUGUACAAAAACUAUGAGAAUACCACCGUCUUCUGCCUGUGUGCCGUCAUGAUGGCCAUUGCCGUCAUAUGCCAACAGCGCCUUUUCAGUGCUUCAAAAGUCUCCAUCGGCACCAAAGAUGAAUGGACUAGAGAAGAGCGCGCCGAACUCGUCGAAGAGGGCGAUAGCACUGUUGAAGAUGCUGUGCGGUAAAUCAACUUGCCCGCGUACCCCCCCCACACCCAUACUAUCGUGGGCUUCACCUGGCAAAACAUGCGCUGCUUCUGAGACAGCUCUGUGGCAAAAAAAGGCUCGCCACAAUGCUCGGAAUUUAGAGAUGCGAGUUGGUAGUACGCAGUAGAACAGUGGAGCGUAAUGUUGUAUUGCAUUGAAUGUGUUUCAGCCCGAUGGAUAAAACGGCCCGUGUUAGAA